AGAAUGUGAGAGCUGCAGUGCAAUGCUAGAUAGAGAGAAAGGAUGCAGAAAGUGGGUUGUUCAAAUUGGUUGAGGACCAUAACCAUUCUAUGGUGACUCUAACAAGGUCCACCAGCUUCGACCUCGUCGGCAUUUUGCAGGUGCUACAAAAAAUGUGGCUGAAACAUUGGAUGCCAGUAGUGAUAUAUACCUUUCUGUGGAUGGUGGUCAUGUAUCAUAUGAAUCAAAUCGCGUUAGGAAUUGUUCCUCCAUUGAACCUAAUUGUGCAACUAGGAAUUUCGGACCUCUGAAUUAUGUUCGAUCUCCUAGCCGGAAGAGAACUCUUGGAAGGGAUGCUCAGAAUCUCCUGAACUAUUUCAAGAAGAUGCAAGCUGAAAAUCCUGGCUUCUAUUAUGCUAUACAACUUGAUGAUGAUAACCGCAUGACUAAUGUGUUUUGGGCUGAUGCAAGGUCAAGAACUGCUUAUAAUCACUUUGGGGAUGCUGUUAUUUUUGAUACAAUGUAUCGACCAAAUCAAUAUCAGGUCCCAUUUGCUCCUUUCACAGGUAUAAAUCAUCAUGGACAGAUAGUGUUGUUUGGUUGCGCCUUGCUUCUUGACGAGUCUGAGUCUUCCUUUUCUUGGCUAUUUAAGACAUGGCUUUCGGCAAUGAAUGGUCAACCUCCUGUUUCUAUAACAACAGACCAAGAUAGAGCCAUACAAGCAGCUGUAGCUCAAGUUCUUCCUGGAACUCGCCACUGCAUUUGCAAGUGGCACAUCUUGAGAGAAGGCCAAGAAAGAUUGGCUCACAUAUAUCUUGCCCAUCCUUCGUUCUAUGGAGAGUUGUAUAGCUGCAUAAACUUUUCAGAGACGAUUGAGGAUUUUGAAUCAUCAUGGAACUCUCUUCUUGAUAAAUAUAACCUUCAGAAAAAUGAGUGGCUUCAGGCAGUAUAUGCUGCUCGCAAGCAAUGGGCCCCAGUUUAUUUUCGAGGUACUUUCUUUGCUGCACUUUCUUCAAAACAGGGGGUUAGCUCCUUUUUUGAUGGAUAUGUGAGCCAACAGACUACCAUACCACUUUUCUUUAAGCAGUAUGAAAGGUCUCUAGAGCAUUCUAUAGAAAAAGAAAUAGAAGCCGAUUAUGAUACAAUUUGCACCACACCAGUGCUGAAGACGCCAUCUCCAAUGGAGCAACAGGCUUCAAACCUGUAUACAAAGAAAGUUUUUGCUAAGUUUCAGGAGGAACUAGUUGAAACUUUUGUGUACACUGCCAACAAGAUUGAGGGUGAUGCAUUGAUAAGUAAAUAUAGAGUUGCAAAAUACGAACAUGAUCACAAGGCUUUCAUUGUCACCUUGAAUGUUCCUGAGAUGAAAGCGAAUUGUAGCUGCCAGAUGUUUGAAUACUCAGGCAUUCUUUGUAGGCAUAUAUUAACGGUCUUUACCGUGACGAAUGUUCUCACUCUUCCCUCUCAUUACAUACUAAAGCGAUGGACAAGAAAUGCCAAAUACUCAGUUGGAUUGGAAGAUGAAAAUGUAGAUCCUCAAGGUAUUGAAAGUCUAACCCUGCGAUUCAACAAUCUAUGUCGGGAAGCUAUUAAAUAUGCAGAAGAAGGGUCUAUUGCAGUUGAGACUUACAAUGCAGCUCUUAGUGCACUUCGAGAGGCUGGGAAAAAGAUUGCCUCUGUGAAAAAGAAUGUAGCCAAAGUCACCCCUCCUAGCUCACAGGGUUCAGGAAAUAGUCAUGAAGAUGGUUAUAAAAAAAGCGCACCACUGGUUUCUGAACUUAUGCCAUCGUUGUGGCCAUGGCAAGAUAUAAUACCUCAUCGUUUUAAUCUAAAUGAUAUUGGUGCUCCUGUUGCUGAUCUGAAUCAGCCUACCAUGGCACCUGUGUCUAUUCACCGUGAUAAUGGUCCUCCAGAUAGCCCGGUGGUUCUCACUUGUUUUAAGUCCAUGACUUGGGUUAUUGAAAAUAAGAAUGCAUCAUCUGCUGGCAAAGUAGCUGUUAUCAACUUAAAGGUAUGCAGCAUGUUCUAUUUGGCAAUUUAUACAUGCUUGAUUUUCUUCUUCACACUUUUGAUUACUAAGUUCAUUACCAUCAUGUUAGCUUUAAACUUUGUGAAAAUCAAUACCUUGUUAAUAAAGAUGAACUCAUGAGUAUAUUAUAGUUUG